AUGACUUUGCUGCAAGGCAUUCACGAGAAUGAAUCUGGAGUUGGUUUGAUUCUUCAUGCCGAUGCCGUGGGCUCUCACCUAGUAGUUCGUCAGGUGCUGCCUCAUAGCUCGGCAAAGCUGCAAGAUGUUCAGGUCGGCGACGAGAUCCUCGCCAUCGACGGCAUCAGCCUGUCGAGGGACCACAUGGUGCCUGGAGGGCGAUCACCUCUGGUAGGCAGAGAUGCCAAGGACAUGACGGUGCUGCUGAAGCGAAACAACCGGAUCUUGAGCAAGAGGCUGUCACGAGCCUACAACAUGUAUCGUUCCUUCUCCCAAGAGUCCAUCAUCCACUGCAUGCCCCCGCCAGGAAGGGGAAGUAGGAGGUGCGGCAGCAGCUCGAGCAACGAGCGAGGCGUCAGCAUCCGAUCCCUCUCGGAGCUCAGCUCGUCCACCUAUGGCAUGCGCGGAAAUGAAGACUCGUCCCUCCCCCCCCGCCCUCUGCCGCUCAAGCAGCCCGGCAGGUACUCGCAGCCUGUCAACCAAGCGAGGAUGGGAGGCAAGCGAGCGUCGACCCUCCGGCAUCCCCUCCGGACCUUGACGAACCAGCUAGUGCCGAGAGAGCAGUUGGAUCACUCGCGAGAUGGCGCGGGCAGAGUGCUGAGAACUCCGGGAAGGAGAAAUAUCCGACGAAACUCAAGGCUGUCUGAAGGCUUCAAGACGUAUGCGAUGGAGAAGAUCUUGCACGGCAAUCGAACUUCCAACUUCUCAGACGGGUACAACAGCGACUCGAGCCUGCCGAGCUGCUACUCGGACUCAGCGAUUGACAUGGACCUGAACUUGACGGGGGAGAACAUUGUUUGUGAGCAGCAAAUGCCAUGGUUUCAUCGCUGA